AUGGAGACUGGAAAACAAGGAGUUAAUCAGGGGAGACAGGAGUGCAGUGGCAGCAUAGAGACAGAGAGCUGUGGGGAGGUGCUGGUGGCCCGACUGAGAGUGGGCGGUGACAGAGGACCGGCUGGUGGGGAGAGGUUGGGACGCACGGAGGUGCUCCCCGCAGAGGCCCAGGCGCCUGGGGACUGUCAUGGGCUGAUCUUUGGUCACAUCGAAUUUAAGAGGAGCCACCACACCCCCUCCCAAGCGUGGUGGUGGGGCGUCAAGGGCAUACAAAGGGUGGCAGGGGAAGUCUUUGGAAAAAUCAACCCUGAGAAUAUAGAGGGGAGGAGAGGGUCAAAAUCUUGGUGGAGGCUCGGGGGUGCCUUUGCUGUUCCGACACCCCACGCGGGCAGGAAGUCAGAGCCGAGCGCGCGAGUUCCCGGGCUCCGCGCGCUCCUGCCCGCGCGCGCCUUCCUCUGCUCGCGCAAAGGCCGCCUCCUGCUGGCCGAGUCGGGUCUCUCCUUCAUCACGUUUGUUUGCUAUGUGGCGUCCUCGGCCUCUGCCUUCCUCACAGCACCACUGCUGGAGUUCCUGCUGGCCCUCUUCUUCCUCUUUGCUGAUGCCAUGCAGCUGAAUGACAAGUGGCAGGGCUUGUGCUGGCCCAUGAUGGACUUCCUGCGCUGUGUCACCGCGGCCCUCAUCUACUUCGCCAUCUCCAUCACGGCUGUCACCAAGUACUCUGACGGGGCUUCCAAAGUGGCUGGGGUGUUUGGCUUCUUUGCUACCAUUGUGUUUGCAGUUGAUUUCUACUUCAUCUUCAAUGACGUGGCCAGAUUCCUCAGACAGGGGGACUCCACAGAUGAGGCCCAGGCAGGGACCAGUUGCUCCCACCCGAAGUGGUCAGAGGCAGGUCGUAACAAAGGCACUCACUCCCAGCUCCGUGGCCCCUGCACCCUCCUGGGCCUUGUGUCUGGCACGUUGAACCUGACACCUGCUGGCAUGUCCCUGAUCUGGCACCAGGUCUCUGCCAAUGGGCAAGGCUGGAACACCUGCCCUUGGGGAACUCGAAGAGAAUUCCGACUCCGACUCCGACUGAAAGUCCGCCCGCCCGCGCCUGGUGAGCCUGGACCAUCGGGCCUUCCCUCUGCACUGCCUGCCCUGGCCGGCCACCUGCCUGACCAGGGGACACCGAGUUGGAAGGAUGCUCGAUACUCGCAGCAGCAGCAGCAGGCUGACCUGGGCCUCCCUCGGCCUCCAGUUGCUUUCCUGAUAAAAGAGGCCAUUUCCUCCUGGGCAUCAGCAGUGUCAUCUAAAAAGACAACUCUGUCCGCGCUGCUGCUAUCAGACCAUGAGCGAGUGAGUCCCACGCAAGCCACCAUCAGCGUACCCUUCUCCUUUCAGGCCGCGCUAUGA